UCCCCCACCGGCGCACCCCACCUCACUCCCCCCCACCCCCCUCAGCUGGAUUGAAAUAGCAAUUACAGGAGUGUAGAAAAAGCUGGCGAGCUGGGAGUUCUAGUUAAAGGGCCCCGCGUGUGGAAAAUACUGCAGGUUUAUCAUCAUUAUGGGAUGCGGGCCGACAUACGGCCGCAGCGUCCUGCUUUGACCCAUUCCUACAUUAUGGUAGAUUUUGCAGAAAUCAACUGUAUCACCAUGAAACACCUCCAGUAGUCUUCAAGGGUGAGUCAUUUUACUCUAUUUUAUUUUGAUGGUCAUCUUUGAAUACAGUCAAGAUGGGACUCCCAAAGCAUCGUACAGUUAAUAAAGAUUUACAAUGCCAGCAGGGCACAAUUUGCUGACUCAGUCCAAAGGGCGAGCGGGAGGGGAGGGGGUGAGGAGCCAGCCGUGUUUUCCUUGGCUACAGCUGAGAAAGGGCUGCAGUGCUUUGCAGUCAGAAUACUCAUGAGCAGCCAGGACUGCGCCUCUUCACCCCCCCCCCCCCCUCCCGUUCUUCACUGCCUGUGUCCAUGCAAGUAUUAAGGCCAGUGUGGGUUGUUGUCGUCCUGCAGCCUGAGAUGACCUCUACGGCUGUCCCGACUGAAUGUGAGGAUCAAAUGCUCCCUCUGCAAUGAAGUAAUGUGACAGCAUUUCUCGUGUCAAGUUUGACAGAGAAGCCGAGGCCGUGACAGGAAGUAGAAAAACAUCCGGAAAUUUGACAGCUGAGGGAGGAAGAAGAGGAGGAGCAACGCCAUGGCUCGGGAGAACGGAGACACCAGCGGGGGGGAGACGUGGAAGAAGCAGGUCGACGACAUCAAGAAGAUGUUUGAUCUGAAGGAAGUCCUCGGGACAGGCGCCUUUUCCGAAGUGGUCCUGGCCCAGGAGAAGCUGACGGGUCGGAUGUUUGCGAUGAAGUGCAUCCCGAAAAAGGCUCUCAAGGGGAAAGAGAGCAGCAUUGAGAACGAGAUCGCCGUGCUGACAAAGAUCAAGCAUGAAAAUAUCGUGGCGCUGGAGGACAUCUACGAGAGUCCGGAUCACCUCUAUCUCAUUAUGCAACUGGUGUCCGGCGGCGAGCUCUUUGACAGAAUCGUCGAAAAAGGCUUCUACACAGAAAAAGAUGCCAGCACGCUCAUCCGACAAGUCCUGGAUGCUGUCAACUACCUGCACAACAUGGGCAUCGUGCAUCGAGACCUGAAACCGGAGAACUUGUUGUAUUUUAAUCCCCACGAUUGUUCCAAAAUCAUGAUCAGCGACUUUGGUCUUUCCAAGAUGGAGGGGAGCGGCAAUGUCAUGUCCACUGCUUGUGGCACACCGGGAUAUGUCGCACCAGAAGUUCUUGCCCAGAAGCCGUACAGCAAGGCAGUGGACUGCUGGUCCAUCGGAGUCAUCGCCUAUAUUUUGUUGUGCGGCUAUCCUCCCUUUUACGACGAGAACGACUCCAAGCUCUUUGAGCAAAUCCUCAAAGCCGACUACGAGUUCGACGCGCCCUACUGGGACGACAUAUCCGACUCCGCCAAGGAUUUCAUUAGCAACCUAAUGGAAAAGGAUCCAGCCAAGCGGUUCACCUGCGAACAGGCUCUCCGACAUCCCUGGAUCGCCGGGGACACGGCACUCUGCAAGAACAUCCACGAAUCCGUCAGCCGGCAAAUCAGGAAAAACUUUGCCAAGAGCAAAUGGAGGCAAGCGUUCAACGCCACGGUGGUGGUUCGCCACAUGAGGCGGCUGCAGCUGGGCAGCAGCAUGGGGAGCAGCGUGGACGCUUCCAACCCCCCCGCCAGACCCGUCCCGAAGCCGGGUACGAGUCAGGCGGACCGCAACGGGCCCGCCGCCGGCUCGGCCGCUAGCCAGACUUCAGCUUUUGACAACUUAGCGACGCCGCGAAAAGAAUGUGUCGCCACGCCAGCCACUCCCUGCAGCCUGGCCUCGGCGGCCGCUUCUCCCGUGGCGGGGGCCGAGCUGAGCCACCCAUCGGCGGUGCCCGCCCCCGUGCUCGCCGAGACCAAGUGACGCCAGGUGACGCGGGGGACCAGCUGGGAGGCCACGGCGCUGUGAGAUGAAGGAAUGCGGGUGUCCUCCUACUCCCCCUCAGCUGGUUCCUCGCCCUGCUCCGAGGUGAGCAGAGGACCUUCGUUUGUAAGCACGCAGCAUCAAGCCCCCCCCCCCAAAUGAGCUGCCUGGCGCCGAGUCACAUGUGAAUCUCAUCUCCCCUUCACCAAUGGAAUUCCAUGUACGUUAGUUCUUUUCUUUCAAACUGUUGGCAACUGGAAUGUUUUUCUAUCUUCACUUAAAGGUGGUAUGUGUGCUUUUUUUCAAAAGGCCAUCCUUGUCAAAUUUGCUAGGAAAUUCAAAAGAUCAUAAUCAAGACGAUGGGUGGCCACUACCUCAUGCUAAUUAGCAGCUUUGGAGUCCAAACGCUUCUCCCUAAGUGGAGUCCCCCCCCCCCACUUCCGGUUUUGUCGCUCAUCUCUGCUCUCGGAAAGUGUUUUGUUCCUUUUCAAAAUGCGACACAUAGCACCUUUAAGAUCUUUUUUCCUUUGGGGCUCGUCCGUCUUUGUGUCUUUGUGCUUCGAGAAGUGCUUUAAAAGUAACUUGUGACUGUUGCGAG